GCAUUAUUUUGCAUCCAGCCCCUACAUGCCAUCCAACCCAGGGGAGCAGUACUUCAUGUUCACCAUCCUGGCGUCGUGGCUUAUCAACCAAGCGGGCAGACCUUUCGAGCAGCCACAGGAAUACGACGAUCCCAAUGCCACGGUGUCCAACAUCCUGUCAGAGCUGCGGGCUUUCGGUGGGCAGGUCGACUUCCCCCCCUCCAGACUGAAGGCCGGCUCCGGGGAGCACGUCUGCUAUGUGCUGGACCGUCUGGCUGAGGAGGCUUUGAAAAAGAAGGGCUUUGCGUGGAAGAAGCCAAAGUAUCCAACAGAGGAACUGGAGGAGGAGUCUCUUGUGGAAGAUGAUGCAGAACUUACAUUGAGCAAAGUGGAGGAAGACAUGACUGAGGAACCCGAUGACAAUGAGGAAGAAAAUCUCAUUGAUUUGGAAGCUCUGAAGGCAAGGACCAGUCAAAAUGAGGCCAAUGGCUCUUCAAAGCCAGAUGAGAUUUUAGAGUCCAACACGGACGUGGCUGAGUGGAACCUGGAAGUUGAAAGAGUCCUUCCUCAGCUGAAAGUGACCGUCAGAGCCGACAACAAGGACUGGAGGAUACAUGUCGACCAAAUGCACCAGCACAAAGAUGGCAUCGAAUCCUCGCUGAAGGAAGCCAAAGGUUACCUCAACAAGCUGCAGGAAGACAUCAGCAAGACGCUGGAGAAGGUGACCAGCCGUGAGAAGUACAUCAACAAGCAGCUGGAGCACCUGGUCCAGGACUACCGCAGCGCUCACGCCAAGCUCAGUCAGUCCAGGGAGCACUAUCAGCAAGGCAGCGGCGGAGUGACCGAGAGGACCAGAGUUCUGUCUGAGAUCUCUGAGGAUCUGGAGAAGGUGAAGCAGGAGAUGGAGGAGAGGGGAAGCAGUAUGUCUGAUGGAGCCCCCUUGGUCAAAAUCAAGCAGAGCCUGACCAAGCUGAAGCAGGAGGUGGUUCAGAUGGACAUACGUAUUGGAGUGGUGGAGCACACCAUCCUGCAGGCCCAGCUGAAGGAGAAAUCCAACAUGACCCGAGACAUGCACGCCACCAGCAUCCCAGAGCCGGCCGUCGGCACCUACUGAGGUUCACACAGAGCCACAUCACUUCCUGUCUGCUGCUGACCACUUCCUGGUUUCCUCUUUAAAACUAGAAUGACUAACCUUUUGUUAAUUAUGCAUGCUUCUGCAGUACAAAAAAUGUUAUACAAUUUGUAAAUAUGAUUUUUAUAUUUGCACCAAAAUAUGAAUAAUAAAUUUUCUAUAAUAUUUAGAAUAACA